AUGGAUCGUCCAACAUCCUUAGCACAAAAUAAACUAAAUGAAUACGACAAAUUACAGCAAAUUCUAGAUAAAGUAAGGGAUCUAAAACAGUCGUUAGCUAAUUUUUUUGCUGAAUAUGAACACGGCCAACCAUCAUGGCCAACAAUACUCGAUGAAAUGAAUGUUCUAUCAUCUCAAAUAACAACAUUACGCUCAUCAAUUCGUAAUAUGUUACCAUUAUUACGAACAAAUUCUAUCAUUCCAAUGUGUAUAUCACCUGAAAAUGAUCCUCAUGUUGAACAAUUAACUGAACGGCGUCUAUCAAUAUUUAAUCACGAUUUUAUGCCACAAUUAUUACGUACAAAAAAUUUACCUGAAAUAGAAGAACGUGAACGUUUAUUAAAUACAAAUGCAAAUACAAAUAUGAACAAUUCAUUUGGUCGUCCUAUAACAUCACCAAAUGAAAUUUACAGUCGUGUACAAGAAUUAAAUACUGUAUUAAAUUCUAUCGGUGACAUAUUUCGGCAUACAAAAGAGAUGACAGAUAAAAGUGAAAAACAAUUCGAUCUGCAACGUUUUACAAAUCCCGGCGAUACAAAACGUCUAUUAGAAGCAAUGAAUAGUGGCGUUGGCCUUCGAGUACCAUCAGACACAUCAUCAUCGUCCAUAACAACAAAUGACCAAACAAAUCUAAAUCAGCAAAUGCCAACACAACCACAACGGCCACAACCACCCACACUUAAAAUAAAAACAACUUCGAGACCAAAUCGAUAG